AAGCAAAGCAAAAUUCUGCAAAACAGCCCUGUUCGACCGCUAUUUUGUUUCGUUUACGCAAGCAUCACGACCAGUUGUUCAUAAACCGCAGCGAUCAUGAUCGCUUCCAACUGUCUGAGGCGCGCCGCACCGCUGCAUAGACUGCUGGCCAGGACGGCUCUGAGCCGCUGUUCGCGCGGCACGAGUGCUCUUUGCCGCUGUUUGAGCACUACAGCAGCCGACGACGCGCGAACGGCAGCCGCCGCGCACCGCACGAGCGUCACGCAGCACCUCUGGAAGCUGCGCGAGUCGCAGGCGCCGCCGCUGAGACCGGACGGCAGCCGCCUGCCCGCGGACUCGAGGGUUGUCGUCGCGUAUGAUCUCACGCAAGACAAGGAGCUGAGAAACAGGUACGAAUCGGCCUUCGGGACAUUACGAGUCGGGCGGCUCUUGGAGGACAUGGACGCUCUCGCCGGCAGCGUGGCGUAUUUACAUGUGGACGACGGCAAUCCGGACACGGCGCCGCCCAUCCUCGUCACGGCGUCGAUGGAGCGCCUCGAGGUCAGGGACGACACGCUCGCGUUGGAUGAAGACUACAAUUUGGUUGGUAGUUUGGUUUGGGCGGGGCGGUCCUCGCUCGAGAUCGUGGCCGAGCUUCGCCACAAAGAUAGCGACGCCGUGGCGCUGUCCGCCGUCUUCACGUUCGUGGCCCGGAAGCGGGACGGGUCUGGAGGUCACACAGUUCCUCCGCUAACCCCGGAGACUGAGACCGAGAAACGGUUAUUCGCAGAUGCAGCCAAAAUCCAGGCCGCGCGAAAAGAGCAGCGCCAGGCCGCGAAAGAUCCUUCCAAGAAAGCGGAGAGCGCCGCGGCGCGCGACGCGCAGAUCGAGGCGCUCCUGAAGCCCGGGCGCAUCGCCAGAGAUUUUCCGGGCCAGGCCGACGAGGGCUUUGUAUUGAUGCACGAGACGUCCCUGAAGAACGCGAUAACCACCCAGCCGCAAGUGCGGAACACCGCCGGACGAGUCUUCGGCGGCGCGCUGAUGCGCUACGCUCUAGAAUUAGCGUUCGCGACGGCGUACGCGUUCUCGGGGUGCCGCACCGGCGUCAUUUUCGCGAGACGGUCCGCGUCGAUGGCGUGUCACGCAGGUGCGCGCCGACGACGCGGUCCAUCGCGCAAGUCGACUUCGUGCGACCAGUUGAAGUGGGGGCUCUCCUGGCGCUCAAGUCGCACGUCGUCCACGUCUGCGACCAGGGCCGCGUCUGCGUCGACGUGACAGCUGCCGUGUGGAAGCCGGGCCUCCGCGAGAGCACGCUGACGAACAACUUCUCGUUUGUUUUCGAUGCGAGCAAGGCGCCGCGGCCGCUCAAGGACGUGCUCCCCGUCGUCCGCACGGAGGCGGCGAUGCAGCUCGACGCCAUCGAGCGCAUGACAAACUGUGACUAAUAACAUUAACACUUG